AUGGAGCGUGACGAUAGUGAUUGUGAUUUAGACAUCCUGAAUAAUCUCAUAUCAAAUGACACCGAAGAAACUGAGCAAUCUGAGCAGGUUGAAGAAAUUAAACAGCCUGAUCUACCAAAGUCAAGUAAAAAUUUAACAGAAUUGCAGUUCAGUUUCUUAGAUUCUGCAUCUAGUAACGUAAGUAAUGAAAAUAAACCAAUUGAUGAGAAAGUUAGUGAGAUUUAUGACGACAAGCUUGAUUCUUCUGACGACGAAGACAGACGUUAUUUUGAGGAACAAAAGUAUUCUAAUUAUGGGCGAGAGUUAAAACAAUUGUUGAAAGAACGCUCUUCGUUAAAGACUGAGCAGCCUGUAAAAUUACAGAGUACAAAAACAGUUAAUUUUAAUAAUAAGAGUAAAACAUUUGAUUUCAAUAACGCCAUAAAAGGUAAUGAUAAUAAUACAGCAAAAGAUGUCUAUAGUGAUCCCUUCUUUGGAAUAAGAAUAGUUAGUCCCCUUAUAUCCUCUGCUGAAAUGAAAGAACGUAUGAAAGACAAAAUAUCUGUAACGAUAUCAAAAGUAAAGAACCACAUUAUUUCUGAUAAUGUACGUAAUGACUGGGUAAUUGCCGGUGUGUUAAUCAACAAAUCAACCACGAAAACCUCGCAAAAGGGAACCUCUUACUGUAUCUGGAAAAUAAGUGAUCUGUCCGACGACCUAAAGACUGUGUCAAUUUUUUUAUUCAGUAACGCCUAUAAACAACUAUGGAAAACCAUCGUUGGCAGCGUGAUAGGUAUUCUCAACCCAAACGUACUCGAGAGUAAGGAUAAUAUCGAUCAAGCGACGCUGUCGAUCGACAAUCCUCAGAAGAUGAUGAUUCUUGGCAGGUCUAAGGACAUGGGCAAAUGCAAGUCGGUCAAGAAGAAUGGAGAUCCGUGUACCGCAAUUAUAAAUACAAGUCGAUGCGAGUACUGCAUCUAUCAUGUUAAACAGGAGUACAAGAAGUGUGCGCGACGAGCGGAAAUACAGUCGAGCAAUACCAGUUAUGGAUUCACCGGAGACGCGAUAAAACGCAUGAAUAGGCAGACCGUUAUGCAAAAGCCUUACAACGGAUUAGCAUCUUUUGUACCGGUAUUAGCUAAACGCAACGAGGAAUUGUAUGAAAAGGACCGUGCGCGUUUGGAGUUAUUAUCCGAGACUACUUCAGAUAACAGUAUUAAGAAAGUAAAAAACGAUCUAAACCAUAAGGCGAACAAUACGGAUACUAAGAAGAAAGGGAUAGCUGUUGAGCUGACCGGCAAACAAUUCAGAAAAGAUUUUGAACGACUGAACAAACUAAGGAACUGGCAGCCCUCAAAACAGGUAAUGGUACAAUCAACGCCUAAUGGGUCAAUUCUGUGUUCCAGUCCAAUGCCAUUGAAAGAAAGCAACCCGAGCAAAUCUACAGAUAAUUUACAGAGCAAUCGUACAGAUAAGAUCGGUUUGGCUUCUCUUACUUCACGCCCGCGAUUAGGAACGGGAUGUAAUCAAAAUACAAUAGAUUUCUCUGAACCAAUUACCAACCAACAGAUUCGCAACGCCAAGAUGAAUGCGAUCAAGUGGGUGCAAGAGCACGGAAAGAUCAAAGCGACGGACCCUAAUCAAGUCCGCGCGAGUACCAGAGAAAAACUGGAGAAGAACGCGAAGCGUCAGAGAGAAGAUGAUGAGAAGGAAGACAUCAAAGAGAUGCUAGAAGCAAAGUCCUCGCACACAGACUUGAUCGAGAAGUCGUACGACGAAGAGAAGGAGAAGUACUUUAAUAAGUUAGAGGCCAAGGAGAGAAUGGAGGAAAAGAUGAUGAGCACUUUCAAGAUCAAUUGCAAAGCUGUGAAGUGUAUGUUAUGCAAGUACACAGCGUUCUCAGCGUCGGACAUGUGUAAGGAGCAACGACACCCGUUGCGCGUGAUGGACGCUAUUAAGAGAUUUUUCAAGUGCGCCGAUUGUGGCAACCGGACUGUCAGUCUGAACCGUAUGCCGUCGCACAGCUGUGGCAAGUGCAGCAGCUCGAAUUGGGCCAGAGCGGCUAUGAUGGACGAGAGGAAGACUGCUAUCGUCGCAGAGACCUUGUCCAUUCGCGGCGCCGAGGAAAAGUUCCUGGGCUCUAUAGUGAAAGAUGCCAAUCUCAAUCUUCUAGUUCCGGAUGAAAAUUAAUAUGUCAAUUUGAUUGCUUACAGUAUAUUUUUGAAAUAAGUAUUAUAAAUAUUUAUAGAGAAGAUAAAUGAAAUGACGAUUGAUUAGAA